AUGAUUAAAGAUAAUAUUAAAUUAAAAUUAACAAUAAUCGGUGAUUGGAAUGUUGGAAAAUCAUCAUUAUUAUAUAGAUUUUUUAAUGAUGUUUUUUAUGAACAAACCAAACUAUCAAUGGGUGAACACUUUUUUUAUAAAACAGUUUUAAUACGUGGUGAAAGUAUAGAUUUACAAAUAACAGAUACAUCAGGUAUGGAGAAAUUCAGAUCUCUAAACAAUUCUUUUUAUAGUAAUUUAGAUGGAAUUUUAAUAGUAUAUGAUAUAUCUGAUCAAGAAACAUUUGAAAAUACCAAACUUUGGCUUAAUGAAGCAAAUAAAUUAGCACCAAAAGAUUGUAUAAAAAUAAUUGUUGCAAGUAAAUUUGAUUUGGAAAAUAAAGUUGUUGAUUCAAAUAUUGUAAAAUCAUAUGCUGAUAAUUUAAAUUUGAAAUUUUUUGAAACAAGUUCUAAAAAUUCAAUAAAUGUUGAAGAAACUUUUAUCACAUUAGUAGAGGAUAUUUUAUUAAAAAAGAAUUAUCAAUUUAAUAAUAUUACAAAAAAUAAAAACAAUCAAGACGAAGAUUUUAAUAAAAAAAAAGGUUGUUCAAUAAAUUAA